AUGGCAUUGCUUAAUGAAGCUACAGAGAUGAUAUAAAGCAUGAAAACCUAAUCUUUAAAACUUGUAAAGGAAGAAAAUGUCCUUAGAUUAACUAAUUUAAAAUAAUUAUAAUCAUCCAUAAAAUCAUUCAAAAAUUAAAUCAAGACAGAACUUGGAAAAUUGCUUCAAUUAAUUGAUCAAUAAAUGGAAUAGAUCCAAAUAGAUAUUGAAUCAAAGGAAUAAAAGUUAGAAAUCAAAAAUUAUGAUGAGGAAAUUCAAAUUCUAUCAAAAAAUUAUAUUGGAAAUUUUAGUUACAACAUACCUAGACAGCAAACAUAUAAGGAAAAAGACUAGGUCCUUGUGUAAUUAAUCUAGGAAUCAUUAUAAUCUCAGUCAAAAUCAUAACAUUAUAUCUAAAUAAUGGAAUCAAUAGAUUUAAUUAGAUCUAGUGUACCAAUAAAUUAAUAAGCAAAAAUCAAUGAAAUACCUGCCAAAGAAUUUUAUUAAAAUGUAAUUUAUUGUUUUAAUAUUAGAAAACUCCUUGUCUUAAUUAAAUAUGCAAUAAACAUAAUAAAGAAAUAAUUAUGCUGAAUGUUAAUCAUACUGAACCUAAGUUUGGUCGAUUGGCAUGUGUAGAAUGUAUUCAAGAAAAUCCUAUUUAAUAUAUUAGUUUAAAAGAAGCAAAUAAUAUGUGGAAUACUUUUAUAGGAUAAUCAGAAGAUUUAAUUUCAAAACAUAAUUUUAGAAGAGAAAAAACAUUUAAAAUGGUUAUAGAAGAAAUUAAAUAACUAAAAGAUUAUUAUAAUAAUUCAUUAUCAGAAAUGUUGUCGUCAAUAGAUGAACAGCUCAUUAAAAAUAAUAAAAAGUUUUUAGACUUCCUUAAAUUAGAAAAUAAAUAGAUUUUUGAUUUAGAUGAAAAAUAAGUUGAGAAAAUGAUUGAUUUAUUAAGUUAAUAAGAUAAAAAUAAACAUAUUCUAUAGUAAUAGGAGAAGCAAGAUAGACUUGAUAAAUUAUUUUAUCAAAAUGUCAAAUCCAAAUUAAAAACCCUUAUCAAGCAUGAUUUACUUUGCAAGUAAUAAUUGAUGACAAUUUUAUAAGAUUAAUAAAGUAAACUUAAUUGAUGUAAUUUUUAGAUAAUUCAGACCUAGGAAAUAGAGCUGAUAUUCAAAUUACUCCUGAAAUACAUGAGUUUAUAUCUAAAUGUUAAUUGUAGGAAUAAUACUUAUAAAUUUAUAAUGAAUCAGUUGAUUUACAAAUAGAAUUAUAGAAAGAAGCGUAAUAGCUUGAGUAAAAAGGUCAACUUGAGCAGUUAUUUAAUUUGAAGUAAAAAAUGAUACCGAUGAUGUAAAAUCUUCUUUCCUCUAAUAAUAAUAUAAAUAAUAUGAAAUAAAUUCAGAAAAAAUGAGGAAAUUGAUAAAUGCUGAUGAAAAUGAGUAAUAACUGUUAUUAAUUACUAAAUAAAAAGAAGAAUUGAAACUAAAAAUUGAUGAGGAAAAAUUAGAAAUUAAAUAAAUUAAAUAAAAAAUUGUUGAUUUAGAAGAAAAUAUAAAUCAAAAACUCCUCAAAUAAGAAUAAGAAUUUGUUCAAUAAUGCAAUUAAGAAACAAUUUAAAAUAAUUAACUAAAGUAAAAUUUAAUGGAAUUGUCUCAGUCGAGUGAAAUAAAAUUGGAACAAUUAACUACAAAAUAUAAUGAGCUGAAUUAAUAAAUUAAUGAAGUAUAGACAGACUUAAAAGAGAAAGAACAAUCCACUACAGUUGAAAAUAAACUAUAAUCUUUAAAAAACAAUAUAGAAACAUAACUCAUAACAGUUGAUCAAAAAGUCGAAAAGUUGACAGAAACAAUUAGAGAAGUAGAUACUUAACAAACUUAAUAAACUUAAUUAUAGAAGUAAGAGUUAAUAUAACAAAUAAAUGAUGAAAUAUCUUCCAGAAAUUCAUAAAUUGAAAAAAGUUUAGCAAAUCUAGGAAGAAAAUGGAUCUAAAUUUAGGAACUAAGAAUAAUAGUUAUCAUCUUUAUAAUGAUCCAUAGAUGA